UUGUAACACUUACCUACACUUGCCAGAGAUAGUCCUUCUCUUUUGUCUACGGACACGUCGCGAGCACGUUGUUUUGUGAAUUUACGUGCAAACUAACAAAAAUGUCGUCGCAUCUGAAUUGGAUGAUCAUCCGAAACAACAAUGCCUUCCUUGUAAAGAAGCGUAACAUCAAAAAGCCAUUCAGCAAGGAGCCUAACAAUGUGACUAACCUCAACUCUUACAGAUACAACGGCUUGAUCCACAAGAAGGCUAUCGGCGUGGUCGAGAACCCCAACAGGAAAGGUUUUACUGUGGUGUACAAAAAGGCUAAGGCUACAAACAAGCCAGCUAAGAACCUGAUCCGCCGUCCUUUCAAAGCUGGAGCUAGAAGAUCCCUACACAAGGUGAAGAGGCUGAUCAGAGCCAACAACUACCGCACAGAUUUAGCUAAAGCUACUCUUCGUCGUGCUUCAGCUAUCCUCCGUUCCCAGAGGCCCAUUAAGGAAAAGAAGCCUAAAGCAGCCCCAGCAAAGACGGAAUAAUUUUGUAUGUAAGAUGACAAUAAAAUUGUAAAAAGCUAAAA